CUCCGAAUAGGCGCAACCACUGUGCGAAGAUUGUGAGGGGGGAGCGCUCACCCGGCGCCACACUCCCUUUAGCUACUUGUGGAGUGAUAGCCUGACUAUUUUUCUCGUUUCACGACUGCAUUUGGCGCCGCUCUCCACAAGUUAUUCAUCAUUAGAAGGCCUCUUAUCUCAAGGCUGACAAGGAUUCUUUUUCUAGUCGGACCCCUCUUUCCCCCCCGUGAAGGCCACAGUGGACGCGUCCCACCUCCCCUCGGCCUCCGGAGGUGGUUUGGCUGCCCCCUCCCCCUCCCCAGUGUCGCGAGUUGGCGCCGCUGCCACCCCCCGCUCCGCGCUCUCGGCCCCUCGGCCGGGCGGUACCGAGUCCUCCCGGCAUCCCCUCCUCUCCUCCCUUCGGCUGGCCCUUCCCCGCGGGACUGCCACCCCCACCUUCGCCCCAGCCCUUUUCUUUCCCCGCCGAGCCGCGGCGGCAGCAGCAGCAGCAGGAGGAGGAGCCGGAGCCCGGAGGCGGCGGUGGCCGGGGAGCCCAUGGCGUACAGUCAGGGAGGCGGCAAGAAGAAAGUCUGCUACUACUACGAUGGUGAUAUUGGGAAUUAUUAUUAUGGACAGGGUCAUCCCAUGAAACCUCAUAGAAUCCGCAUGACCCACAACUUGCUGCUAAAUUAUGGCUUAUAUAGAAAAAUGGAAAUAUAUAGGCCCCAUAAAGCCACUGCUGAGGAAAUGACAAAAUACCACAGUGAUGAGUACAUCAAAUUUCUACGUUCAAUAAGACCAGAUAAUAUGUCUGAGUAUAGUAAGCAGAUGCAGAGAUUUAAUGUUGGAGAGGAUUGUCCAGUGUUUGAUGGACUCUUUGAGUUUUGUCAGCUCUCAACUGGUGGCUCAGUUGCUGGAGCUGUGAAGUUAAACCGACAACAAACUGAUAUGGCUGUUAACUGGGCUGGAGGAUUACAUCAUGCUAAGAAAUCAGAAGCAUCAGGAUUCUGUUAUGUUAAUGAUAUUGUACUUGCCAUCCUUGAGUUACUAAAGUAUCAUCAAAGAGUCUUAUAUAUUGAUAUUGAUAUCCAUCAUGGUGAUGGUGUCGAAGAAGCUUUUUAUACCACAGAUCGUGUAAUGACUGUAUCAUUCCAUAAGUAUGGGGAAUACUUUCCCGGAACAGGAGAUUUGCGGGAUAUUGGUGCUGGAAAAGGCAAAUACUAUGCUGUCAAUUUUCCAAUGAGAGAUGGUAUAGAUGAUGAGUCCUAUGGGCAGAUUUUUAAGCCUAUUAUCUCAAAAGUGAUGGAAAUGUAUCAACCUAGUGCUGUGGUGCUACAGUGCGGUGCUGACUCACUAUCUGGUGAUAGGCUUGGUUGCUUCAAUUUGACAGUCAAAGGUCAUGCUAAAUGUGUAGAAGUUGUAAAAACUUUCAAUUUACCAUUACUGAUGCUUGGGGGAGGUGGAUACACAAUUCGUAAUGUUGCUCGAUGUUGGACAUACGAGACUGCAGUUGCCCUUGAUUGUGAGAUUCCCAAUGAAUUGCCAUAUAAUGAUUACUUUGAGUAUUUUGGCCCGGACUUCAAACUGCAUAUUAGUCCUUCAAACAUGACAAACCAGAAUACUCCCGAAUAUAUGGAAAAGAUAAAACAGCGCUUAUUUGAAAAUUUACGCAUGUUACCUCAUGCACCUGGCGUCCAGAUGCAAGCUAUUCCAGAAGAUGCUGUUCAUGAAGACAGCGGAGAUGAAGAUGGAGAAGAUCCAGACAAGAGAAUUUCUAUUCGAGCAUCUGACAAACGGAUAGCUUGUGAUGAAGAAUUCUCAGACUCUGAGGAUGAAGGAGAAGGAGGUCGUAGAAAUGUGGCUGAUCAUAAGAAAGGAGCCAAGAAAGCUAGAAUUGAAGAAGACAAGAAGGAAACAGAGGACAAAAAAGCAGAUGUUAAGGAAGAAGAUAAAUCCAAGGACAGUAGUGGUGAAAAAACAGAUACCAAAGGAGCCAAAUCAGAACAGCUCAGCAACCCUUGAAUUUGAGUGUCUCACCAAUUUCGGAAACCAUAAAAGAGUGAGAAAAUAUCGGGAAGAAAAAUUUUUUCUUUUUGAAGACUUCUGGCUUCAUUUUAUACUACUUUGGCAUGGACUGUAUUUAUUUUCAAAAUGGCUUUUUUUGUUUUUGUUUUCCUUGGCAAGUUUUAUUGUGAGUUUUCUAAUUAUGAAGCAAAAUUUCUUUCUCCACCAUGCUUUAUGUGAUAGUAUUUAAAAUUGAUGUGAGUUAUUAUGUCAAAAAACUGAUCUAUUAAAGAAGUAAUUGGCCUUUCUGAGCUGAUUUUUCCAUCUUUUGUAAUUAUCUUUAUUAAAAAAUUGUACUUGGA